UGAAAUGGCAGAAAAUUUGCAGAAACGAGUAAUGGCAGAGAAAAAAAGAAAUUACAAGUGGUGUUUUGUGCCUUCAUGCACUCAAAACAAUAUCUGUUCUCCAUCAACAAUUUUCCUGUCAGUGCCAAAAGGAGAGAUUCGAAGAAAAUGGUUCGAAAUCUCAGGCCGAACUGAUGCUUCAACUAUAUCGCUGACUAGUAGUUUGUUUUGUUGUGAACACCAUUUCAAUUUAGAGGAGGAUGUUGAAAAUUACAUGCAAGUCAGGUUCAUUCCAAACGUACUCAUUCGCUUAAAGAAUGGAGUUAUGCCGACAAAAUUUGCUUGCCAGCCUCAUCGAGAAACAUCAGAUGCAAGCAACAUUAAUGUUAUUAAUAUUGAUCGUCAGUAAUACUUACAGCUGCACAGUCUUCGCAUCGAACAUAUUCGACCUUGUCUAUCUCUUCGUUAACAAGCAUCGA